AUGCCGGAGGAGACGGCGGCGAUUGACUACGUCAUGGAGGCGGCGUCCGGCGCUCACUUUUCCGGACUCCGUCUCGAAGGUCUUCUCUCUUCCUCUCCGCGCGCUUCCGGCGCUGUUACCUCCACAGCGUUUUCCCCACGCGUAGCUGACUCCGCCGCGCUCAAGCAGCCUUUCGUGAUCGGGGUUUCGGGAGGGACGGCGUCUGGGAAGACAACAGUCUGCGAUAUGAUUAUACAGCAACUUCAUGACCACCGUGUAGUGCUCGUCAAUCAGGAUUCUUUUUAUCGUGGUCUGACUCCUGAAGAGUUGAAACGUGUGCAUGAGUACAAUUUUGAUCAUCCAGAUGCCUUUGACACAGAGCAACUUCUUGAUUGUGUCGAAAAGCUUAGGUGUGGCAAGUCUGUCCACGUUCCAAUUUAUGACUUCAAAACACAUCAAAGGAGUUCAGAAAGCUUCCGCCAGGUGAACGCAUCUGAUGUUAUUAUACUGGAGGGCAUCCUUGUUUUUCAUGAUCAACGAGUUCGGAACCUGAUGAACAUGAAGAUUUUUGUUGACUCUGAUGCUGAUGUGAGGCUUGCUCGCAGAAUAAGGCGUGAUACAGUUGAGAGGAGCAGGGACAUAAACUCAUAUGCAAAAUUUGUGAAGCCGGCUUUUGAGGAUUUUGUUCUGCCUUCAAAAAAAUAUGCUGAUGUUAUUAUUCCCCGCGGAGGUGACAAUCAUGUUGCCAUUGACUUGAUUGUCCAACAUAUUCGCACAAAGCUUGGGCAGCAUGAUCUUUGUAAAAUAUAUCCAAAUGUGUACGUCAUACAGUCUACCUUCCAGAUAAGAGGCAUGCAUACCCUGAUUCGAGACCGAGACAUAUCAAAACAUGAUUUUGUAUUUUACUCAGAUCGGCUUAUUCGUCUGGUUGUGGAACAUGGUCUUGGCCAUUUACCUUUCACUGAGAAGCAAGUUGUCACUCCAACUGACUCAGUGUAUACUGGUGUUGAUUUUUGCAAGAAAUUGUGUGGGGUUUCCAUUGUACGAAGUGGUGAAAGCAUGGAAAAUGCACUACGUGCAUGUUGCAAGGGGAUUAAAAUCGGGAAAAUCUUGAUCCACCGUGAUGGUGACAAUGGGAAGCAGCUUAUAUACGAAAAACUUCCCAAAGAUAUCUCUGAGCGCCAUGUUCUCCUCCUUGACCCUGUUCUUGGAACAGGUAACUCUGCUAACCAGGCGAUUGAGUUACUUAUACGGAAAGGAGUUCCAGAAUCUCACAUUAUAUUCCUCAACCUCAUCUCGGCACCUGAGGGAAUCCACUGCGUUUGCAAACGUUUCCCAUCAUUGAAAAUUGUGACAUCAGAGAUUGAUACAGCACUGAAUGAAGAGUUCCGCGUUAUACCGGGCAUGGGAGAAUUUGGAGAUCGUUACUUUGGCACUGAUGAUUGA